UCUUAAUAUUUAAUGACAUUUGUAUGUUAAAUAUUUUUUUUAAUUUACUUUUUUGUAGAAUAUGUAAUAUUUAUGUUGAAUAAACAAUACUUUGAAAAGGUUAAAACAUAAAUUACAUAAAUAAUAUUAAUAUGUUGAAUCGCAAGAGAGUUCUCAAUAUAUUUCUAGGAAGUCAACAACUAAAAAUUAUUGACAGUUUAAUAACAAAACUGUUAGCAUGUUUUGGACCAAUAUUAAUUCCUCCAAUUCAUAUUUACAUUGUCUACCACUUUUGGCGACAGUAUAAUCAUCGCGUAGACAAACGUUAUUGUACGUGCUCAUGUUGGGAUACUGUUUUUAAGGGGACUUACGAGUCGGGAAUAGCUUCGUACAAACAUGUCUACUUCAACGCCACUCCGAACUCUGUCAAGAUAUGGGUGUUGACUGUGCUGUGUGUCAUCGGACUAUACGAGGCUAUAAGACGACUGGUAGCGCUACUUCUCAGGCAGCGGCUCCGAAUCUCUAUGUUUAUUCUCUUCAUCUCGUCAAUGUUUUCAAAUUACUAUACUUGGUGGUCUUUCUUCAACUACUGGAAUGACGACUUCUACUCACAAUGGAAUCAUCAGUGGUGGUUCUCCAUGUCCGAGCUGGUGUCGACAUGUCUUGUCUUGGGACUGGCGGACCAAGAAGUGCCGCUGCGUCCAGUCUUGAUACUGCCUGUAGUUAUAGUGGCAACCGUUCAUAUUGUUGUGGCAACAAAAGACCAAUUCUUGGACAAUGUCAUACGAGGAGAGGGCUAUAAACAUCAGAUAUUGAGAGACCUGGGUUUCAUGGGCCCCGAUGUCCUUCAUGUCCUACUUCCCUUGUUGGAACUCUACUGUGGAUUCUCAAAAAGAUCAUCUCUUCGCAGAUAUUUCACACUCAUUUGCCUUCUCUUCUCGACUGGUUUAACUGUUGUUCUUUAUUCUGUGUGAUUUUUAAGACAACCAAGAUUUAGUAACAAGUUG